AUGCCUUCAGAAGCCGAUAAACGCUAUGGGUUACAGAGUAAACAGGAAUACAAGAGGUUUACUGACGACGAGCAUGAUCAGAAGGGGAGCGCUAGUAUAUUGGUAAAUUUUUGAUGAUUUUGGGAUUUUAGGUAACAAUUUUUAAAAAUUUAGUUUUUAUGUAACAAUUUUUUAAAGUUAGUAAGCAAGGAAUCGUAUAAAGGGCGUGGGUAUGGCAAAAAAAUCUUUUUUCUAGGGCUGAGGAAGAAAAAAAAAUAGAAAGAGGUUCAGAGUACAACAUCAAUGUUUAUGUCAGCAAAUUUGUUUACAACCUCUAAAUUAACUAAAAACUGAUUUUUAUCUUUCAACUUUGGUUUAUCAAAACAAAAUGUUUUUGCCUAUGAUAAUAUAUUUAGUUGUUCAAAUUAUUUUGAGCUACUAGCCCCAAAAAUUUGCUUCGAGUUGUGGCUCAGAAUUAUUUGAACAACUUAAUAACGUAACUUUGAUUUUACAACCAUAUGUAUCAUCAAAACAUUAUAAAUCAUCAUUUUAGGCAAUACCUAUAUUAAAAACUAAUAUUUUAGGUAAUAAAUGUACUAAAAAAUUGAAGCAAUACCCAUACUAAAACACAAAAUUUUAGGCAAUAACCCUACUAAUAGUGAUAGUAUCAGCCCUGGUAGCCUAUCAUGACAAAUGGAAAACGGAGCAGAUACCUGAACCUUGUCCGCAGUACGAUGACACUCAAACAGAGCAAUGCUACUACACUUGUAGUAUAGAACUGGUAGAGACUGUACCACAGAAUUUGACAGUGUCAUCUGACAGAGUAAAGUCGACAUUCGACGCUUGGAAUGAGUUGAUUAGUGAAAGUAAAAACUCAUUGGAUAUAGCUGCUUAUAAGUCAAGUUUGAGAGGAAAACACGUACUUGGAGUGUUGACACAGGACUUUUCUGUUGAGGUAAGAGAGUGGAUAUUGUAGUAGAAGUGUUUUUACUCUGCUUUACUUUCUCUUAACUUACCUUAUCUGACCAUGCUUUAUCCUACAUUGUCUUGCUUUGUCUUGUCUUUUCUUGCCUUGCCUUGCCUUGCCUUGCCUUGCCUUGCCUUGCCUUGCCUUGCCUUGCCUUGCCUUGCCUUGCCUUGCCUUGCCUUGCCUUGCCUUGCCUUGCCUUGCCUUGCCUUGCCUUGCCCUGCCCUGCCCUGCCCUGCCCUGCCCUGCCCUGCCCUGCCCUGCCCUGCCCUGCCCUGCCCUGCCCUGUCCUACCGUACCCUACUUUAUAUUAUUCUAUAUUCUGUAACCUACCUUACCGUACCUUGCCCUACUCUACUUUAUCUUAUUCUAUCUUAUUGUACCACCCUACCCUAUCUUUUCCAUACCCUUGCUGGGACUCCUGGUUUCAUAUAUUAUUUAUAACCUCAACUCUACCCUGCCCUCCAAAACCAAUUUUUAAAUUUAUUUCUUAAUUUUACACGUCUUUAUCUUUCAAAAAACCCUACUUUUCUAAAAUUAACUAUUUUUCAGGGUGACCUAAUCUUCGAAGAACUAAAACACGCAGGCAAUCGCAAUGUCAAUAUCAAAAUCGUCGAAAACGCUCCAUCCAAAGACAAAGGCGACAAUGAAGAUGCCAGAAGUCUUCACAAAUCCGGUGUAGCUGCGCUACGAAAACUGAAUCUUCAACGUCUAUACAAUUCUGGCACGAUGCACUCCAAAUUCUUGAUUUCCGACGAAAAAAGUUUUUAUUUGGGAUCAGCCAACCUGGACUGGCGAUCGUUAAGUCAGAAGAUGGAGAUGGGAGUAUUGGUUAAGGAUUGUCCUUGUUUGGCCAAAGAGCUGAGACAUUCCUUCGAACAGUAUUGGCUAGCCGCCAACGUUGAGAGUGUCAGUGGAAUGAAGAAGGCGAUCAAGCGACCUUCUCCUCACAUCUACAACAUGAAGAAGCCGUUGAAAAUACAGUAUGAUGGAGCCGAUUCUGAGGUUUAUAUCGCGGUAAGUUUUGGAGUAUAAAAAAUAUUGUUGUUUUAAGGAAUCAGGACGUUUUUGGUUAAAAACACAACCCGAUAUUGUGAUUAAUAUAGCUAGAGUUACGUUUAUCAGCCAUUUUUUGCCUUAAAAACCAACUUUAUACGAUUAUAUUGCACGUUUACUAAAACCAUAGCCUACUUUAAUACCGUAAAAUGAAAAAUCAUUAAUUUUUACCCUUUCAUCUCUAACCCAAUUUAUAUUGUUCCAGACCUCCCCAAAACUAAUGAACGCCCCAGAACGAACCUGGGACCUAGACGCCCUGGUCGCGACCAUUGACAACGCCAAAACUCGUGUUCAUAUCCAUGUGAUGGACUACUUUCCAAUGUUCCUCUACUCCAAUAACAACCAGUUUUGGCCGGUUUUAGACAACGCCCUUAGGGCAGCCGUGAUUCGAGGAGUUGAUGUUAAGAUCAUCGCUGCUGCUUUACACUUUCCGAAACGAGGACUGCGGUUUUUGAAAAGCUUGGAACUGAUGAAUGAGGUUGGGAAGGGAAAAGUGCAAAUUAGGAUAUUCAAAGUGCCUACACCAGCUCAUAUGCAAAGUGUGAUACGAAGGGAAAGGAGGACGCACAAGAAGUUUGUUGUCACGGAUGAUAGUGUUGUUGUUGGUAAGUGUAAAUAUCAAAAUCAGAUGCCAAAAAGACUUGAGAAACUUAUUCCCAACAAAUUUUAUCCAAUAUCAUCCAAUAACCAUUUGAAAACCCUUUUUUUCACUAAAAACCCAAAUUUUAGGCACCUCAAACUGGUCAGGAGACUACUUCGAAGGCUACGGAACUGGAGCUGCCAUUGUGAUAAAACAGCGAGUUGGAAAUCAACCAAUGGUCGAUAAAAUGCGUCGCAUCUUCAAUCGGGAUUGGAACAGUGAAGCCGCGCAUCCUCUACAUGAAUAUGUCAGUGGGUGUAUUGAUAAGACGGCCAAAGUCGACUUUUGUGAAUACGAAAAGGACAAAUCGUUGUUGAUCGAGUCGUAG